UUAGUGGUUUAUUAUUACCAGAAUCAAAUUUUACCGAGGCUAAAGCGAUAACCGUCGUAAUUUAAGCGCUAUCCGGAUUGAGAUAUGGACAGAUCGCCAUCGCUGAAUUUGGUCUGGGGCACGGAGAUCUCGCCCUAAUCAUCUCGGUCGGAGUCGCGAGACUCUGAUUGUUGUUCUUUUUAUUCGAGAACCGAUUUGUCGUUCUAAUAAUUCAUCAAUUUUGGGGGAAUUGCAGCUAACAAGUGAGUGCAGUUGAGUAUUUGGAAAUGUCAUUCCAGGAGGAAGUUAUGGAUUAUGCAGACGAAGUAGACGAGGAUAUGUUUUUUGCUGGUAGAAUAUUGGGAGAUUCUGAGUUCGAUGAGGAUGAGGAUGAGUAUGACAAUUUGGAUGAUAAGUUCAUGGAUACUUAUGCCGCUGAGGCACGGAAAGGGAAGGAUAUCCAAGGAAUCCCGUGGGAGAGGUUAAGCAUAUCAAGGGAGAAGUAUAGGCAGACUAGACUGGAACAAUAUAAGAAUUAUGAGAAUAUUCCCCAAUCUGGACAGGGGUCAGAGAAGGAAUGCAAGUUGACAAGGAAAGGUGGUGUGUAUUAUGAAUUCUGGCAGAAUACCAGAUCGGUAAAAUCAACCAUUCUUCAUUUUCAGUUGAGGAAUCUGGUUUGGUCAACUUCAAAGCAUGAUGUUUACCUCAUGUCGCAUUAUUCAAUCAUUCAUUGGUCUUCAUUGAGCUCCAAGAAGACUGAAGUUCUCAAUGUUUCCGGUCAUGUGGCUCCCAGUGAGAAACACCCGGGAAGUUUACUGGAAGGCUUUAGUCAGAUACAAGUAACUACUAUGGCUGUACGUGACAAUUUGCUGAUUGCUGGGGGAUCCCAGGGGGAGCUUAUUUGCAAGGAUCUAGAUUGCCCUGGUGUUAGCUUUUGUACGAGGACAACUUAUGAUGAUAAUGCUAUCACAAAUGCCAUUGAGAUCUACGAUGGUCCAAGUGGUUCUAUUCAUUUCACAGCUUCAAAUAACGAUGGUGGAGUGCGGGAUUUUGACAUGGAGAGAUUUCAGCUUGUUAAGCAAUUCUGUUACCCAUGGCCUGUGAACCAUUCCUCUUUGAGUCCAGAUGGCAAAGUCAUCGCUGUUGUUGGGGACAACCCUGAUGGGGUGUUGGUGGAUUCACAAACUGGCAAGACUAUUGCGCCUGUUUGUGGACAUCUGGAUUUCUCCUUUGCUUCUGCAUGGCAUCCAAAUGGUCACAUGUUUGCGACAGGGAACCAGGACAAAACUUGUCGAGUAUGGGAUGCUCGAAACCUGUCAAAGUCUGUUGCUGUACUCAAGGGAAAUCUUGGCGCAAUCCGAUCUAUCCGUUUCACAUCUGAUGGACAGUUUAUGGCAAUGGCUGAACCAGCUGAUUUUGUUCACGUGUAUGAUGUGAAGAAUGAUUAUGAGAAGGAACAAGAGAUUGACUUCUUUGGUGAAAUCUCUGGAGUCUCUUUCAGUCCUGAUACAGAUUCCCUCUUCAUUGGGGUAUGGGAUCGUACUUAUGGUAGCCUCCUUCAGUACAACCGAUGCAGAAACUAUUCAUAUCUGGACUCUCUAAUGUGAAUCAUUUGGUUACUUUGAUGAGUCCAUGCUUUUAUUGUUGGAGAGAAACACAGGUGGAUCUCUCUAUUUACUUCUCAAGGGGGCUGAAUCUGCCUGGCUGGCUAUUUACUCAACUGGCAGAGAAGUGAAUAUGAGAGGCCUAUAAUGUGUUUUGAUGCGGCAAGAACGGAAAUCAAUAUAUCAAGGCCAAUUUUUUUUGUGGGAAUGUCACUAGGUUGUGUAUAUGGAAAUUGUACUUGUACUAUUAACAUUUGUGGAGUUGGCAUAUACUGAUUGCCUGCUAGUCAACACUGUUUAUAUCCAUUGCCCUGCUCUAAAACUGAAAUCUCAGAUAAGAGGUCUUUGCUUUGAGAGCAAACCUCAACAUCAUAUAGCAUUAGCCAGUGGACAGAUAGAUUAGUAUAGUCUAUAAUAGGUUAACUUACGCCUAAUACUUUUUAGAGGUGCUGAUACUCCGUCUGACUUUGCCCCUUUGGGUAAUUCUUGUGAUAUUUGCAAGCCAUGCGAAGGCAUUCUGGUGA